GGCUAAUUUCAGAUUGGUUUGUGUGACUGAAGUUGGUCGUAAACUAAAAUUUAAUCACGCAUUUUAGGUUAUAGGUUUAGUUGUGACACUACUCAGUGAUAGUGACGUUUUGCACGUAAUUCGAAUUUGUCAUCGGGACCUAUCGAUGAUAUUGUCAUCUUUGUUUUACAUUUUAUGCUGCAUGUUACAUGCUAUUAUAAUAAAAAUCGAUAAUAUGAUAGUCAAAACUUGAUUCAACAACAAUGUCUAAAUUAAGUGGAUUACUAUUGUAUUCCUUAUUAACCAUCAUUGCUUCAGCCACUUUAACUGUGAUUUCUUCAGUUCCUCAUUGUAUAAUACGUGAUCAUGAUUUAAGUUUUGUAUACAAUUUGACACAUUUAUCGUCAAAUAAUGAAGAUAUUAUUAUCGAACAUCCUACUGAAAUAAUACGUAUGCAAUUAUGUUCUCCAUUGAAACAAAAAUGCAAUAAUCAAGAUGGAUAUUCAAUAUGUUUAAUACAAAACAAGACUGAAAAGGGAAUAGGAAGGUUUCCUCCACAAGUAGCUAAUGAUACUGGAAAAAUUGUAUUUAAUUACACUGGUGAUGUUUGCUCUUCUUCAAGUAAUUAUACAGUACGUGUUAUUAUAAAAUGUGAUUAUAACACAAAAGAUUCGAGUCCUGAGUUAUUUCCACAUAGAGAUGAGGAGUGUAAUUUAUUCAUAAUAUGGAAAACAGCAUUUGCUUGUGGACCCAGAACUCAAACAAAUUGUAAAGUUGUCAAUAAUAACCAGCAUUAUGAUUUAAGCCCUUUAACAAAGUUUGAGGACAAUUAUGAAAUUCACAUAGGAAAUGAAACAUCACUCAAGUUAAAUGUCUGUCAUUCUGUAAUACGUCAGCAUGGUUCUAUGUGUCCAUCUAAGACAGGAAUCUGUUUGGAUGAUCUUAAAAGAUCUAACAGGUAUUUAAGUUUAGGUGAAGUACAAAAGCCUCCUUUCUUUGCAAAUGAACAUUUGCAAAUAGAGUACCAGGAUGGUGGGUUAUGCAGUAUACCAAAUAUUCCAACACCACACAUCAAAACAACAAUCACAUUUAUUUGUGAUUUGGAAGCUACGGAAACCAUUCCAGACUAUAUUGAAGGACGAGAAAAUUGUCAUUAUCAAUUAUUAUGGUAUACUGCUGCAGCAUGCAGUGUCGAAGCUUUGCGUGACCAUAGUGCUAAAACAGCAAGCAAAUGUACUGUUACAAAUCCGCUUACAAAUUUCACAUAUAACUUGCAGCAGUUAAUGAACAAAGACUUUACUAUUACAAACAAUUCGAGCAAUAUAAAAUACAAAUUCAGAAUAUGCGGAUCAUUUAUGGAUAAUAUAUGCAAGACUAGAAUGGGAGUGUGUGAUUUAAAAUAUGGUGAAUCAUUGGGCCAAGCUAACGCUAAUCUAAUAUGGCAACAAGGUGGUCCUUAUUUAAAUUAUACCAAUGGGAAAGUAUGUCCGCAAACUGGGCUGAAUCACUACACUAUUAUCAGAUUUUUCUGCGGACCAGAAGGAUCGACCAAUGCAACACUUCCCAUGGAUCCCUGUCAGACUGUUAUACAUUUGAAUACGGAACUAGUUUGUGAAAAAAGAAUUAAAUGUGCUACCGAUAAUGACGAUGAGAUUAACUUAACUCCUUUAAUACAAUCUACAAAUAAUUAUAUUGUGAAAGCCAAUGACACAGAGUUUCACAUAAAUAUAUGUCGACCACUGGUUCCUACUCCUGGUCUCACAUGUACACAUGGCAGUGCAGCUUGCAAAGUGUCAGUAACUGCACAGGGUGAAUAUACCAAUGAAAUUAGCUUAGGAUUUCCCAAAGACAGCCCUACAUUAAAUAAAGACUUACGAACAGUAUUACAUUAUUUUGGUGGAUCAAAGUGUCCAGACAAUCCAGCUAAAUCGAUAUCUUCAAAUUUCAUAUUUAUUUGUGACAAUAACAAUCAGGGACUUCCAGUAUUUAAACACUUUGUUGAUUGUACUUAUGUGUUUGAAUGGAACACCAGCAUAGCAUGUGGAGCAGUGAUGGGAGCUUGGACGCCACCGUGUGCUAUAAAAGAUGGUUUUCUUUCACAUGAAUAUGACCUUUCUUUGCUGCACAAAAAUAAACAAAUAUAUUAUGUGAAAGGUAAACAAGAUAAAGAAUAUGGUAUAAGUAUUUGCGAUGGAGAGAAGUAUUGCAAUGGUUCCGCCGUGUGUCAUCAAAACAACGGUUACGGAUCGCUGGGAAGUGUGAUUUUUGAUUACAGUCGAGACGAUAUAAAACUUAAAUAUAUAAAUGGCAGUAAAUGUAACAACAAUUCCUAUACGUCCGAAGUCAGAUUUAUAUGUAACGAAUCCAUGGGUAUCGGUACACCAAAACUGCUAUUGGAAUUGCAAUGCAGCGCAGAAUUCGAGUGGCACACCGAAGUGGUUUGCGCGAGGCAUGCCAAUUCUCAGAACGCUGGAAAUACACUGAAUCCUAGUCAAGAAGAGUCUUCUUCCAAUACCAUCAAAAAUGUCUCUAGUUAUGUUAUAACAGUACUGGGCGUCAUGCUAAUUGUGAUCGCGGUGUUAGCUUUGCUCUAUUUCCGUAAUCUGGAAACAAGAGCGUGCUUUCGUACCUGGACGAAUAUAUUUAAUUUCAGAAGAGGCGCAGGUCGUGUCCAAUAUUGUAGGGUCGAUACUACUGAGGAAGCUAGACUUCUGCUCGAUCCUUCCGAUCCCACGCAAUGUCAAACGGACAGUGACGAUGAUCUUCUACAUGCAUAAUGAUACAAUAUUAUUGUCAUUGUUUUUGAUCGAGAAUUAACGUGUAGUUAUUGUGAAUUAGAUAUUAUUUUCAAUACUCUGUAUAGAGUACGACAAAUAAUAUAUCUUGAAAAACAUGCGAAAUAAAAUUAUGAAAUUAAUUAAAUA